UCCAGCACGCUAAGAAGCGGGAUGACGUCGUUGGUUCAAACACUUUGAGCUCCCCCACAAACAUGCAUGGCCGAUGCGUUCAUGUCUAUUGCAACGGGAAAAGAGCAUGCAUGUUACCGAGGUUCACGAUAGUUUUGUCCUGUACCUAUAUGAAUUGACAAGGACCACCCAAUCUUUCCGUUUCCUCCCCCAAUUUACUUGCUCCCUUCUGAUCUUUCUAUCACCUCCCACUUGUCGCCUUAUCUGUCCCAUCAUUUUACACUCACAGAAUGCCACGAGCAUCCAAGCUCCUCCCCUCCCUAGGCCACGCCUCCUCCGGCGCGGCCGGCACAGUAAUCUCCACCCUCCUCACCUACCCCCUCGACCUAGUCAACACCCGCCUCAAAGUCCAGCGCCAGCUCCGCCUCGACGACUCCCUCUCCGAAGACGAGUGUUACCGCUCCGUCUUUGACGCCUUUGUCAAGAUCUACGACACCGAAGGCGGGAUCCCGGCAUUCUUUGCCGGUUUGAGCGCCGAUGUUCUCAAAUCAGCGGCGGAUUCAUUUCUGUUCUUUUUGUUUUAUACCUGGUUCCGCGCGCGACGCCUCGUUGGCCGACAUCCGGAUCUGCCAUAUCUAAGAGUUGUCGAGGAGCUGGCGGUGGGAGCUGCAGCGGGGGCUUGCGCAAAGUUGUUCACCACCCCGGUGAGCAACGUUGUCACACGGAGGCAGACGGCGUCGUUGCUGGAUAGGUCGCCGCCUUCCUCACCUACACGGAAACAACAAACGCAAGAAGGGUUUUGGGAGGUGCUGAGGGAGAUUCAGGCUGAGAAGGGGGGUGUUUUUGGACUGUGGGCUGGGUAUUCAGCAUCUUUGGUCUUGACGCUCAACCCGAGCUUGACAUUCUUCUUGCAGGCGAUACUGAAGAGGGUGUUGGUCGACAGAAAGAAGUGGGACGAUCCGGGGAGCGGGAUCACCUUUUUGCUGGCGGCGAUGAGCAAAGUUGGCGCUACUGCUGUUACCUACCCGUUUCAGAUUGGAAAGGCGAGGCUGCAGAUGGGGCAUAAGAGUAGUAAGGGUGAGGGUGAAAAGGAGAAGAGGGGUGGGAUCUUCAAUACUGUGGCGAGUAUACGAAGGGAGGAGGGGGUCAGGGCGUUGUAUGAUGGGAUUGGAGGCGAGUUGUUGAAGGGUUUCUUUAACCACGGGACGACAAUGCUGACGAAAGAUGUGGUGCAUGGGGUUAUUAUUAAGCUGUAUUACAUCGUGGCUGGGUUCUUGGUGCAAUGGCCUGCUUUGAAGAGGAUAUUAGUGGGGAGGAUGAGGAAGAGAAAUGAGAAAGGGGGCUGGCAACUGGUUGGGAGGGGAGUGCUGGCGGAUCUGGUAAAAGGCGGGAGAAUUGGGGCAUCGAUGAUGAGGUGACGCCGAUUAUGAAAUGCAUUGAUUGUUAUAUAGAAGAAUAUUGGGUAUUUGCGGGCGUUCCGGAAAAAACAUCUACACGGUAAAAGUUACAGUGUCCUUUUUGACCGUGUUGGCUCCUCCCGCAGAAAAGCCAGUACCUUCUCUGCGUAGCUCGACGAGGCCGGGACGUACUUUUUCUUUCUCUUUGCCCUCCUUCUCUUUCUUGCUGGGUUUGGACUCUGUCAGGUUAGCUUCACAGACAUAACACAAGACCGGUUCUGAUGACUUGGAGGAGGAAGGCUUCAUGAACUGGUCGACGCAGCUCUUGCAAAGGACGUGGCCGCAUGGCUUUGCGAGAGUGGCUCUGGAUGAGUUGGUCAGGCCCUUUUUACAGGCGGGACAUAUUCUUGUUGUCUUUUUGGUGGAGGAGUCGGUUUCUUCAGUGAAGUGGACUGAUACGAGAGUGUGGAGGGAGUAAUAGUGGGGGUGGUCUUGUGAGCUCGAGGGACAAG